GGGAAACACGAACACCUUCCUCCUCACAUUAAAUUCUUUCGCCCACAACGCAAGUUUCCUCUUUUGUCGCGUACCGCCCCGCCAGAAUGUUGGGGGUCAUUUUUGCAUCACUUUGAACAUUCUGCCACUCUUGCUGCAGGGGCCUGUCCACGUUGGUAUUGGGACCCUUGUAUGUUAUGCGCCACUCCUCCACCUUAAGAAAUGCAACAUUCGAUCUCCUGUUAGGGCGUUGGAGUUGCUGUAACCCUCCUACUUCUCUACGCAGGCUGGAGGGACAUGAGGAAAUUUUGGGUUUCCGGAGGCCAAAUGGUGUUCAUGGAGCAAGCAAAGAGCGUCAGAGCUGGAAGGACACGAGCUAUUGAAUAGGAGUUUAUUGAAGAGGAACCAGCAGGCCUAAUCAUAAGUUCGAUCCUCAAGAUCAGUGUCUUUGAAUGGAACCAAAAUACCUAACCUUAUGCUUGUGAUGCAGGGGCAGGCCAGGGAGGGCUCACUUCAGCAGCGAUAAAAACGAAAACAUUGGAGACAAUUGGAGAAAGCGAUAUUCCCAACUCGUGAUUCACGAUCCGGUCUAUUGUGAUCAUCUUCCACAUCUACCAUUUCCACCUACCUGGCCGGUAAUAUUAUUUCCACCCCUCGCGGAACCAUCGAUUUCUAAUCCUUAGCGAUUCUAGGUAUUUACCCCUAAAAACAAAUUCGCAGACUUGUUUGAGGCCUAGGCCAAAGCGAUGGAUCUCGAUAUAUGGACGUCUAGCAACUUACCGGCACCCCAGCCUAUUCAUCUUCUGAUAGAGAUUCGAGCGUCACAGUUUCACGAAAUCGUGCUUUGAGGACCCUUCACCCAAAGCACAUUACAAUGGCAACGGGUCUUGUGGGAGAGCCAGGUGUUCCAGCGUUUCCCGGCGCUGCUGAUUUCAAAGGCGAUAGAUCGUGCCAUUCUUCGCAGUUUUUGGGACUAAAGCCUAAUUCAAAGGGCUUAAAGGUAGUUUUAAUUGACUGCUGUAAUAGCGCAUAUGAUAUUGCAUAGGACUAAUGUUUUGUACCUAGUUAUGGGUCGCCCCCCUAGUUGUGGGUAAUUAUUAUGAGGGCUUUCAAAGUAAGAAAAUUGGUAACCACUACUCCACAACUGUUCCAGACAAGUUUAUUUUCAGAACAGCUGAUGGCACUUACUCAGUUUUGAUAUUUAUGAAAU